AUGGCAGGUGACAGCCGUCCGGGCGGGGAUGGGCUUCUGCGCCGUCUGCUGAGGCUGUACCGCACGGAGAUCGCGGUGGCUGUGGACCGCGCCUUCCCACUGCUGCACGCGCUGGCCGACCACGGCGUCGUCCCGGAGGACAAGUUCCAGGAGACGCUGCGCCUCGGGGAGCAGGAGGGCUGCCCGCAGGCCCUGCACAGGCUGCUGUCCUGGCUGCUGACCCGGGACUCGGGUGCCAUCCUGGACUUCUGGAAGGUUCUCUUCAAGAACUACAACCUGGAGAGUUAUGCCGGUCUGCAGGCGGUGAGGGACAGCUUCCCCAGAGACGUGGACCUCAGCCAGCCUCCCCGUGGGAGGAAGCCCCCCGCCAGCCCUAAGGUCUCGGCGCCCCUGCCGCCACCCAGGCCCCACAAGAGGAAAGUCAUGGAGGAGCCUCGUGCCCCACCCGCAGCCCCGGCCCCCAGGAGCACCUGCAGCCCAGGCUCCCACGGCAAGGCCAAGCCCCCACGGAAGCCUGAGAGCAGCCUGGACCCUCCGCACACCCCACUGGGGAAUGGGCUCCAGAGCGUGUCGGCUUCUGUCCAGAGAGCCGUGGCCGUGUCCUCAGGGGAGGCGCCUGGCACCAGGGGUGCCCUGGGAGGGGUGCUGCUCCAGCAGGUGUUCGAGUCAGGUGGCACCAAGAAGUGCGUCCAGGUCGGGGGGGAGUUCUACUCACCAGGCAAGCUCCUGGACCCGCCGGGGGGCAGGGGCAAGGCCCGCGGCAACAUGGGUGGCACUGGCGGUGGCGGUGGCGGUGGCGGCCUGAAGACUGUGGUCCGAGCCAAGGGAGCUCAGAGUGCGGCCUCUGGAGCAGCCGACCCGAGAGGGGCCCCACCGGGCAAGGUGCCCACACCCCAGGCCCCUAGGGGGUCCCGGGGGAGGUGGCGCCCGGCGGGCAGGGUGGAGGGACUGCGGGGCCCGGGUUGGGGGCGUUGGGGUGGGGGCCCGGGGCUGCACCCGGCUCCAGGCGGCCGUGUCCGUGUCCCGCAUCCGCGUCCGCGUCAGAAGAACGAGGACGAGUGCGCAGUGUGCAGGGACGGCGGGGAGCUCAUCUGCUGCGACGGCUGCCCCCGCGCCUUCCACCUGGGCUGCCUGGCCCCCCCGCUGCGUGCCAUCCCCAGUGGCACCUGGAGGUGCUCAGGCUGCCUCCAGGGGAGACCCCCUCGGGACCUGCCCCCCGCAGAGGAGCCCCCGCCCCCCGAGCCUCCUGUGGACAGCCGGGUGGUCCUGGGACAACAGGUGACAGAAGCCAGGAGCCUCCCCGGGGGGCCGCCCACGGUCACCUACAGACACCUGUUGCCCCUGCCUGAGCCCGACACUCCCACCCUGCACCCCCUCCUGAGCGGGGUCCCCGAGGGGCCACAGGGCCCCCCGCUACCCGCACGCUGUGGUGUCUGUGGGGACAGCAGAGACUCCCUGCGCUGUGAGCUCUGCGGUGCGGCCUUUCACCCUCACUGCCACUUCCCGGGGGGCGCCCGGUCGGGACCCGCUGUGCACUGCAAGUCCUGCUCAGGAGACCCUGGCCCGGUGCCCGGCGAGGGGACUCCCACGCCCCCCAAGGCAGCAGAUGGCGCGGGGACCUCAGAGCCAGGGCUGCACAGGGAUGACCUGGAGUCCCUCCUGAGCGAGCACGCCUUCGAUGGUCUACUGCAGUGGGCUAUCCACAGCAUGACUCGGCCCCUGGGCGACUCCCCCGGCUUCCCCUCCUGAUGGACAGAUGGACAGGGGCCUGGGGAGAGAGCCUGGCUGAGGACAGGGCCACCGUCUCAGGACACGGCUGGGCAGAGGGUCCCAGGGCACAGGGGAGUUGCCUGCUGGAGACCCCACCUCUGCAGCCCUGCCCCAGCCCUGGAGCCCUCUGAACCCCUGCCUUUCCCUCCUCCUCCCUCACCCCUGCUCCCCUGCCCUGCACCCUGCUCCCCUGCCCCCUGCCCUGCGCCCUGCACCCCUGCCCUAUGAACUUUCUCCCCAGCUGGGGGCUGAGCCUCAGGGUGGCCCGAGCCCCACCCUCCCC